AGUCUUCGACUUCCGCCUUGUUCUCUCUUCUGUUCGUUUUCCCCUCCUUCUUUAACCUACUCUCACAAAGAUGUCCAUGACGACUAUUGGUCCCAACGGCCCGGUGCAGAUUUACACACAGCCCGAGUGGAACGCUUGGGAGCAGGCUUUGCGCGAAUUCAUCCGUAUGUAUGGCCCUGCCGAAAUCAGGAUUACUGCCAAGAAUGCGCGAGAUGCGUACUCAACGUUCACGGUGCAGACGAGUCUGGACGCUUCGGGAAACGUCGUCUGUCAUACGCCGAGCGGGACGCAUUAUUUUCAGAAUCUGCGGACAGAAACCGCCGAGUUCAUUCCACCGGAACGCGUGGAGUUCCUUCAGCCGGUCGCCACAUGUAUGUCCUCACAUCUUGAGGUAACCGGGAGAAUCGCUCAGCAGAUGACCGAAUGGUCGCAGGCGCUCGGUUAUACGUUCGCCGAGUUACAACGGCAGGCGCAGCAGAACCGCAUGCACGCUGAGCAACUGGGCCAGCGCGAGGUGAGUCUCGCAUACCGUGAGGGCAUGGCAGGGGCCGCGGCGGAGAAAUACGUCUCUGAUGCUCAUGCGGCUCAUGCCUACAAUCGUGUCACGGAGCUGGACGCGUUGAACCAGCAGGCGGCAUCGGUGCGCAUACGAGAUGCCGAGGUGCAGGCGCGGCUAGAGACGGGCGAGGCUUACUUGUACACGGUCGACGCGGAUCGCCGCGCAGAGAUGAUCAGGCAACACGCACAGCUGAGGAGCGAUGACGCGGGGCAGCGUGUACAAAUGGCCGCUCUGGCUGCUUCUCUGGACGUAAAUGACGCUUUGCGUCGUUCAGACCUGCGCGG